AUGAAAAUGUGUGAAAAGUCUCACAGCAUUAACAUCCCAAGAUCGUGUGGCAUUGUUCUGCUAAGCAUACAAAGCAAAAUAUCUCCAUUAAUUCUUUCUAUUCUCAGAUACAAGGUUGCCAUCACCAAACACAAGGACUCAGAGCAGACAUGCAGCAGUCUCUACAAUCAGAAUGAUAUGUGGAGUCCUGCUGUUGACUUCAGCAAGUAUAUUGAAGACAAUGAAAGUAUUGAAAAUGAAGACCUUGUUGCCUGGGUGACCACUGGUUUCCUUCAUAUCCCUCAUGCUGAAGACAUCCCAAACACAGUAACUGUGGGCAAUGGAGGUGGGGUCUUGCUGCGACCCCAUAACUACUUCAAUGAGGAUCCAUCUAUCCAUUCUGCAGAUGCAGUGUACUUUAGCCCUGGUGACGAAGAGAGCUGUGAGAACAACAGGAUGGCCUGCUAUGCUGAAGAGAUCUGUAGACCCACUCUAGAGCCUUUUACCUACCACGGUUUUGAGGGUGUCAUGAAGUUUGAAGAUUGGGAGUGA